GCUCGCUGCAGUUGCUUCGCGCCUGGCUCGGUGCAGUACACACCACCGUUACGCAGACAUCGCUCAAUUCUUGUCGCUGCUUGGAUCUACACCCCCUCUGCGUCAUCAUUAUGUAUACAAUAUGCUAUUUCCCAUCAUAAUUAGUUUUCCUAUCAGUUCAUCUACUUCAUAUGCAUUUGAGACCUACGGCUCGUCGAGACUACGGCAGCUUCUUAUCGGUUUGAUGAUAGACUACUGCUAAGAUGGACCUCCUGCGACGGUACCUUGCAUCCAACUCCGAUGCGCAGGAGACAGAUGCCUGUGACAUUGUUGAUAAGUUGGUUGACCGUUUCCAGUCGGCAAUUCGCACAGAAGACCGCCGCGAUUCACUUAGGACGCUCAAAGCUUUGUCAAAGAAGUAUCGUUUAGAAGUUGGAACAAAAGCAAUGCCUUUGUUCAUUGAGUCACUCAGAAACGAUCGAGAAGAUACAGAUUCAGUCUGUUAUUCAUUGGAAUCACUUUACUCCGUCAUGAAUGAUGAUGAUGAUAAUGAACAAGAUUCUCAUGAGCUCUUAAACGUGCCAACUGAUUUGGGCUGCCAAUUAACUGAAAUUUUUAUCAAAAAACCGGAAAAUGUAACCUUGGUUAUGGGGUUCGUUGAUACUUACGAAGUGCAUAUACGCCGCAGCGCGCUGCGGUUGCUCACAGUGCUACUGAACAAUCAGCUGAAAGAAACGCAGAAGGUCAUUCUACAGUGUCCCCGGGCCAUAUCCAAGCUUAUCGACUUGUUGUCUGAUCCGCGUGAGGCUCUACGAAAUGACGCUCUUUUAUUGCUGUUGGAACUCACAAAAUCCCAUGUGACCAUUCAAAAGAUAGUUGCGUUUGAGAACACAUUCGAGCGUCUCUUUAUCAUCAUGCAAUCCGAGGGGUGGAGUGACGGUGGUGUUGUGGUUGAAGACUGUUUGAACCUUCUCUUCCAAUUGCUCGAUGGAAAUUCCGCGAAUCAGAUUUUGUUCAAGGAGAACGGGUUCGUUCAGCGCCUUUUGCCUCUGUUGGAUUCCAAAUUAGAUGGUGAUGACCACCAAACGCACUGGCUUACUCAGAAGAUAGUCAAUGUCCACCUAACCAUGCAAGUCAUUCGAGCCUUGGUUUCCCCUCGAAACAAAAGUCAAAACACCCGCCUCUGCCAAACUCACAUGUAUAACUGUGGACUGCUUUCUAAACUGUGUGGGAUCAUAAUGACGAAUAGUGUUCCAUCGGAUGUCCUUACGAAAGCCAUCUACACGCUCGCAGACACUGUUCGUGGAUGUCAAGUCAACCAAGACUAUCUGACCCAGGUGAUUGCACCAUCCGAGCCACCCCAACCGAUCAUCACCAUCCUCCUGAUUUCCAUGGUAAACGAACGACAAGCCUUGACAGUUCGAACGGCAGCUCUCUACUGUUUCCAGUGUUAUGUACAUUCCAACACGAAAAUGCAGUCGGCAAUCGUCACAUCCAUGCUAUCAAGACCACCCGAAGCGUCCGCACCAAUCAGCGUCGGUCAGCUUUUGUGCGGUGGAUUGUUCUCCAACGACGCCCCCUCUUCUUGGUUCUCUUCAAUCGCAUUCUCCCAUUGCAUUCAGGACAAUGUGCAGUUGAAGGAAGAUUUACUAUGCGUACACUUGGCCACAGGUGAUGGGGGGCUGACCUCCGUCAGCCUACUGCAGCAAUGUUUCUCCUGGUUUCAAUCCACCACUCACUUCCAAACCAAAAUCGGACUACUACAACUCAUGUGCACCUGGCUGGCGUAUUGCCCCGCAGCAGUACGUUGCUUCAUUCUCGCUUCCCCACCGCUUCCGCCCUCCAGCAACACUCAGCGUCCACCGCCGGCCUCUGACAGCGCUGGUGGUAGUACAGCCACCAGUCCACGUGGUUUCAACCUCUCCACUCUGAUCUCGGAAGUGUCCACUUUGGGUAACGACGAAUCGGACACGUUACUAGGAGGUCUGAUCACGUUGCUCACUUGCAUCUGCAUUCUGUUCAAUCCAUCAGACGUGCCUGGCUUCGACAGGAAGUCCCUCAUCGACACACUGGAAAAGCGGAUGGGACUGGAUGUGAUGUUGGAGCAGCUGAAUCAGGUGUCCAAACUCGAAGCAUUCAUCGCCGCGUCCAGGGCGCCGGAACCUGAGUAUCAAAACUCCUCGGAUUUGAUAUUCGAUUAUUCGUUUACCAAAUUGUUCAAACGCCUCGAAUAUGAAGCGAUUCGGGCUUUUCACCCGUUAGAAUCGGGUCCCAACACCGUGGAUUUGCGGCAGACUGACAGCUAUGCGGCAAUAUCCUGCAGUCGUGAGUUGUUUGAUGGAUACGAACAGAAGCUGGCCGCGAAAGAUCAAGAGUUGCAUCAACUGCGUUCCCGGAUUACCAGCUUAGAAUCGGAGUUGGCUGAGCUGCGAUGUCAUGCGCCUUUCAACGAUCCCUCUGGUGCCGCGACCACUUCCAGCAAUGGUUCUGUUGCUGUUGUUUCGCAAAACCACUUCGCUUCCGGAACUCUAAACCCAUCAAUGUCCGCGAAUGAACAACAAAUUCGAGAGUUGCAAGAAAAGCUUUCUGCUACCCAACAGGAGAACGAACUAAUAAAAGCUGAUCGGGACGAUUUGUUGGUACUUGUGCAUGAUCAAGACUCCCAAGUGAAACGAUUGCGUCGGAUGGUCAAACAGUUGGGCGGUCAGCUGGAAGAUGAAUCGAACGACGAGGACGACCCAUCGGACAUCUGUGAUGGACACUAGAAUGCUCCUCGCCUCGGAGUCUGGAUUGUCCCACUUCAAGCGGCCCACAUAACAUGGCAUGGAAUAUCGCCUUGGCCUUUUCAAAUUUCUCCGGAGCACCCAUUCCUAAAUCACAACGAUCCCUACUUCCGGCCGGUACUUCUGCGAACUCCUUCGUGUGCAUCCCCUGUUGUCGUUCCUCAUCGCAUGCACACGGCGAUUGUCAUGGAAUUGCCGAGUAUUUCAUGCUUCCCGAUUGUGAUUCCAUUGCAUGCUUCGUUCCUUCUGCUUCCUGUUGACUUUUCUCCCUUUCUUUUUCAUCACCCUCCAGGUGCUUUUGCUGAGGUGUAUGUCACUUUGAAAAUACACACACCCAAACACGUG